AUGGCCGACGUAUUAAUGUUGACAAUCGACUGCGACAUUAGCUACGGUUUCCGGCAUGUCUCCAACCUCUCUUUCAUUUAACAGGACUUUCAAUUUCUUGAACAGCUUGCUUGGCCUGAUCUGACCUGACCUGUCAAUCUACAAAAGUAUUGUCUCCUUUUUCCGGCCGUAACGACAACCUAUCGCGAUGGCAGCCCCCGCAGCAAACCAGGCCUUUGAGGAGGCGAUCAAAGUAACUCCAGUAAAUAGCCACCGGUACUCGGCCAUCUUGCGGGAUGAAUGGUGCAUUGGCACUGUUCCCAACGGCGGAUAUACAACAGCUGUCCUCUACCGAUUGGCAAUCACACAUUUCGCGCACACACACCCCACGCGGUAUGAUAGCCCUGCCACCCCGAUCUCUAUGCAGCUUACGUUUCUACGUCGCACGGCCGUCGGGCCGGCUGUGUUGGAGGUGCAGGAUACGAAGCUCGGGGCUCGAACCAGUACGAUACAUGUCGCGCUGUUGCAGCCUAGCGAGAAGGGGAAGAAGAAGAAGGCACAGACAGAGUCGUCGACCUCAUCUGACGACGAGGAAAAUCUGGAAGUCAAGGUCGCGGGUUACAUCACGGUGAGCCCCGCGACAGCUGAAGUGGGCGUGUCGGCGCCCUCGAACUGGACUUUGCUACCUGAGGCAAUUCGCGGGUCGGGGCCUCAGGGUCGCGUGAAUCUUGCAGCAUUGCGGGAGACCGGUCGCGAUGGGCAAUGGGUUCGGCUGGUUGCGCCGUUUCCCAAGUUCCGCCGGGCGUCGCAGCAGGUGGAACUGUACGGACCCGAUGCUGCGCUGGGCAAACCGCCGGUCGUCGACCAGUGGGCACGGUUCCGGCCAGGUGGGAACACGGAGGCGCGGUGGACGAAUGAGGCCGUGGCGUUUCUGGUGGACAUGUUCCCGAUGGCGCUGGAUGGGUUUGACAGCAUGGGCAAGGCGACGAAGGAGGGAGACAGCGCAGAAAAUUCUGCAGGGUCGGAAUCAGCGAAGGGGAAACUGGCCAAGUACUGGUACCCGACCGUGACGCUGAACAUCGACUUCAAGAAGCGGUUACCGGCGAGCGGGGUGGAGUGGCUGUAUAGCCGAGUGCAGACCAGGUCUGUGCGGAACGGCCGGACAGAUCUGGACGUGGUGGUUCUGGAUGAACAGGGGGAUGUGAUCGCGCUGAGCACCCAGGUGGGAUUGGUGGUGGAUGCCAGCCGGAAUAUCGGGCAGCGGAAGUCGAAGAUGUAGCCUUGUUCCCUGCAUCGCUUCCCCCUUCUCUCCUUGGACCACUGAAUCUACGCAAUGAAUGUCUUGUAUGUACAUAUAUAUCUCUAUACGGAGUAUAUACACUAGAACUAGAGUAUGAAGUGGAGAUGAUGGUCACAACGAAGGAGCAGUUUGUAUCCAAAACGCCAUGGCAUCCGUCACCACUGUCUUCUUUUUCGCC